AUGAGUGAGCGCCAUCAACCAGACUCCUCGAGCAGUAAUACAGAUCUCGAUCAACCCCAAGCGGAGAAGCCCCUUGAUACACGCGCCGAACAGGAAACGGUAGCCGACCAACCUGAUGCGGAGAAUGUGACGGAAAAGACAACGGAGGGUGCGCCUUUGGAUCGCGCACCCUCACAGGCAGCGAAAAUGGGCAAGAAGAAGAUCAUAGUCGUGAUGACGGCGCUUUGUUUGGCGCUAUUCUUGGCAGCUUUGGAUAUGACUAUUAUUUCCACGGCCCUCCCCACUAUCGCCGCGCAGUUCGGUGCCUCCGAGAGCGGUUUCUCAUGGAUCGCAUCGUCAUAUCUCCUCGCAAAUGCCGCCUGCAUCCCCCUGUGGGGCAAGAUCAGUGAUAUCUGGGGAAGAAAGUCUAUUAUUGUCUUGGCAAAUGUUGUCUUUCUAGUUGGCAGUUUGAUCUGUGCCUUGGCACAUAAUAUGGCCACCAUCCUCGCAGGUCGGGCGAUUCAGGGUGUCGGUGGUGGUGGUAUUAUUAUCCUGGCGAAUAUCAGUGUUUCGGAUCUCUUCAGCUUGAGAGAUCGCCCGAUGUACUAUGGUCUUUUCGGUGCAGUCUGGGCUGUCGCAGGCGCUCUUGGUCCGGUUGUAGGUGGAGCGUUCACUACAAAUGUGUCUUGGCGCUGGUGUUUCUGGCUCAACCUUCCUGUCGGAGGUGUCUCACUGUGUAUCCUUAUCCUCUUCCUUCACAUUGAGUCGCCCAAGACUCCCUUCUGGGCUGGUGUGCGCUGCAUUGAUUGGACAGGAACAUUCUUGAUCAUCGGUGGAACCCUGAUGUUCCUCUUCGGGUUGGAGUUCGGAGGCGUCAACUAUCCCUGGGCCUCACCUACUGUCAUUUGCCUGAUUGUCUUUGGCGUGCUCACUUGGGCGCUGGCAAUGUUCCUGGAAUGGAAGGUUGCCAAGUUCCCGAUUAUUCCCCCACGGCUGUUCAACGAGUGGUACAACAUCCUCAUCCUGCUCGUUUGUUUCUGCCACGGUGCCACCUUCAUCGCCGCUACCUACUAUCUGCCGCUUUACUUCCAAACAGUCAUCCAGUCAACUCCCAUCAUGAGUGGUGUGUACGUCUUGCCCCUGGUUCUGUCUCUUGCCCUCGGCUCCGCGGGUACGGGUGUCGUUAUGAAAAAGACUGGCCGUUACCGCGAGCUGAUUAUCGGUGGUAUGUCCUGCAUGGCCCUUGGAUUCGGUCUUUUCAUCGAUCUCAAGCCCUACGCUUCAUGGCCCCGUAUCAUCAUCUACCAGUUAAUCGCCGGUAUCGGUAUUGGUCCCAACUUCCAGGCACCUUUGGUCGCUUUCCAGGCCAACAUUCGCCCCUCCGACAUGGCCACAGCAACAGCCACUUUCGGCUUCAUCCGUCAACUUUCCACGUCGAUGUCCGUCGUUCUGGGCACCGUCAUUUACCAAAACAUCAUGAGCAAACAAUCAGCCGAGAUUAUCGCUGCGGUCGGCCCCAAGACCGCUGCGAUUGUUUCUUCUUCCUUUGGCGGCGCCUCCAAGUCCCUCCUCCAGAGCCUUACUCCCUCCCAGCGCACGGUCAUCCUAGGCGCCUACACACAUUCCCUGAACCGCAUGUGGAUCUUCUAUACUUGCAUUGCUUGUACUGGCCUUAUUCUCGCUUUGUUCAUCCGCCCUCGUGAGCUGACUCGCCAUCACACGGUCCAGAAGACGGGUCUUGCUGAGCAAGAGCGUGCCCGUCAGGAGCGUGUCGAUUCUGAGCGCAAUGCUGCGUCGAAGCCUGAAAUCGAGGUUUAA